AUGUCAUCCAGCAGUGCAUGGAAAACUGCAAGUCUGGGGACUGGGACGCCACGCCUGUUGAUGAAGACACAGUUCGAUCAAAGAGGAUAUCAUGUUCAGCUCACAGAUCUGGGCAGGGUGUGGGAAGAGGUCGCAGACCGAGAUGCGAUUGUCAAAUACGCCAAAGACAGCGACUGCAGCUUCGAUCCCGGAGCGGAUGAAGAUAACUAUGCUGCGCUAUUGAAGUACAUCCAGAGUGCUCUCAAUGGCGAACCAAAAACCACAGUCAAUAUGCAGUCCGGCGAUUCAGGAAACCUUGAACUUCACAUCACAGCAUCUCUUCCGGGUAAUCUUCCUGCACUGAAAUGGGAGUUUUACCUCACUCGUCGCCCGGACUCGGCUGUGGCUGAGGAGCUUGUCGGCCCUCUUCUUUCCCACGUGAACAGCCUUCAGAUCCAGGUCCAGCAGCUGGUCGAUGAAAUUACCGCAAAAGAUCAUGUCAUUCAAAAGAUCACCGACAAGUUCGAGACCGGCGGAAACGACUUGACUGCGGUGUUCCCUGGGGCCUCGAACGUCAAGAUGUCUCGCAAGAAAUCACAGCGUUCUCAACUUGCUGGUCAUGUCAAAGGUCUGGCGGACUUUGAUGAGGCUACUUGGAGGGCGUCACUAAUAGGUGCCGAGAGCGGAGUCGAGAUCACUGAUAACAAGCUAGAUUCGCUGCUUCAUGAUUUGUCGCCGUCUAAUGCUAUCAGGCCGCCGGAUGAUUGGUGGGAAAGCCUGGAUGGCAGAACGAGCAGCCGUCAUGGGCCAGACAGAAGUAAGGAGCGCGCAUUCGGCUCAGGCACUGCAAAGAAACAAGACCAUACACAGAAAGCAGAGAUGACUUCGCAAGCCAGCAUGUCCGACGAAGAAUUUCAGCGUCAAGAUACGCCACCUCACAUAGCAGGUCGAUCUGUAUCUCCAGUGAAGCCCAGGCCGAAGUUGGGUGCUUUCGGCGGCAAAGCAGCAUCCAAGACUGUGACACCAGAACCUGUUCCACCUGCAGCAUCAAGUGCCAGGCCGAAGUCGAAGCUGGGUGCCUUUGGUGGUAAGGCGAUGAAGCAUUCUCCACCGCCAACAACCACAGUAGAGCCACAGAAUACUGCAAGUCCAGAACCCAGCAGACUCGGCAAGUUUGGGGGAAGAAGUGUCACCAGGACCGUAAGUCCCGCAAAAGUGAAAGCAGAGGAGGAGAAGCAAAGUACAGAGCCGGACGAGAGGACCGAAGAGCAGCGCGCGAAUGAAAACCGGGAGAGACUUAAAAGAGAGCUGGAAGAGAAGGCGAAGCAGCCUGUCAAGAAAAAGCGCAAGUUUUGA